AUGGCAACAGCUCUCGUCAACAGGAGCAACCCGGCGUUGCCCGCCGUCCGACGCACCCUCGCAGCGGCUGCAGGAGCAACAGGCAGCGCAAACUCGACAUCCACAACCAGCCUCGUCCUCGGCAGCCCCAGGCAACAACCGAAUCGCCAACCGCGGAACCAACAACGACGUACCUUUCUCGAUCAGGCCGGCUCCGAUGCCUCCAAGGCGGUUUCGGCAGGCGCCGGUCCCGGUGGCCGCGGCGCAAUCCCGACCUACUUUCAGCGCGAGCGCCUGCCGGCCAACACCAUCGUCCGCUUCGUGCCGCAGCAGACGGCCUGGGUCGUGGAGCGCAUGGGCAAGUUCCACCGCAUCCUCGAGCCGGGCCUGGCCAUCCUCGUCCCCUUCCUCGACCGCAUCGCAUACGUAAAGAGCCUCAAGGAGGUCGCCAUCGAGAUACCGAGCCAGAGCGCCAUCACGGCCGAUAACGUGACGCUCGAGCUGGACGGCGUGCUGUACACGCGCGUUUUUGAUGCGUACAAGGCUAGCUACGGCGUCGAGGACGCAGAGUACGCCAUCUCGCAGCUGGCCCAGACGACGAUGCGAUCCGAGAUCGGCCAGCUGACGCUCGACCACGUCCUCAAGGAGCGCGCGGCGCUCAACACCAACAUCACGGCCGCCAUCAACGAGGCCGCGCAGGCCUGGGGCGUGACGUGCCUCCGGUACGAGAUCCGCGACAUCCACGCCCCGACCGCCGUCGUCGAGGCCAUGCACCGCCAGGUCACGGCCGAGCGGUCCAAGCGCGCCGAGAUCCUCGACUCGGAGGGCCAGCGCCAGUCGGCCAUCAACAUCGCCGAGGGCCGCAAGCAAUCCGUCAUCCUGGCCUCCGAGGCCCUCAAGGCCGAGAAGAUCAACCGCGCAGAGGGCGAGGCCGAGGCCAUACUCCUCAAGGCCCGCGCCACCGCCCAGGGCAUCGACCAGGUCGCCAGGAGCAUGGCCGAGGGCAAGCAGGCCGCCCAGGGCGCCGUCAACCUGAGCGUCGCUGAGAAGUACGUCGAGGCCUUUGGCAAACUGGCCAAGGAGGGCACCGCCGUCGUCGUGCCGGGCAACGUGGGUGACAUCGGCGGCAUGAUCGCCACCGCCUUGAGCGUCUACGGCAAGGUGGGCGCCGUGCAGGGCCAGGCCGCCAACGCCGGUGCCGUUGCCAAGGCUGAAGAUGCCGAUGCGUCAUCGACGCCCGUGAUUGCUGACGACGUCAAGGGUAGCAUCGUUGCAGACUUUGACGAGGUAACCAAGAAGGACAGGUAA